AUGCCUAACGGAGAGAUCCCCAUCUCGAACCCGCCGCCCCUCCCGUCACACCUCCCGGACAGUGUGCUAGAACUAGCCGUGCGGCCUCAGCAGAAACGGCUCCCCGACAAUGUCCGGCAGUCCCUCCGCGGAUUCCAGCGCGCCGCCGAGUACAUUGCUGCGGCAAUGAUAUUCCUCUGCGACAAUGUCCUGCUAGAGUCCGAACUGAAGCUGGACCAUGUUAAGCCACGGCUACUGGGCCACUGGGGUACUUGUCCCGGUCUGAUCUUGGUCUGGUCGCACCUCAACCUGCUGAUCCGCAAUCACGAUCUCGAUAUGAUCUAUGUCAUUGGCCCGGGUCAUGGCGCGCCGGCGGCUCUGGCUUCGCUUUGGUUGGAGGGCUCACUGGAGAGGUUCUACCCCGGAGAGUAUGCCCGGACUUCGGAAGGGCUGAGGAACCUCAUCACGAGAUUCUCGGUACCAGGAGGCUUUCCUAGCCACAUCAACGCCGAGACUCCCGGCUCAAUCCACGAAGGCGGAGAACUGGGGUACGCGCUGGCCGUGUCAUUUGGUGCUGUGAUGGACAACCCGGAUCUUAUCGUGACUUGCAUCGUGGGCGACGGUGAGGCUGAGACUGGUCCGACCGCGACGGCCUGGCAUGCCAUCAAGUACCUCGAUCCGCGUGAAUCGGGCGCGGUGAUUCCCAUCUUGCACGCCAACGGAUUCAAGAUCAGCGAGCGAACCAUCUUCGGCUGCAUGGACGACAAGGAGAUUGUCUCGCUGUUUAGCGGCUAUGGUUACCAAGUUUGCAUUGUCGAGGACCUGGACAACAUCGACGACCAGUUGCAGAGUGCUCUUGAGUGGGCAGUGGCCGAGAUCAAGAAGAUCCAGCAGGCAGCGCGGUCGGGAAAGCCAAUUGCCAAGCCGAGAUGGCCGAUGCUAGUGCUGCGGACGCCCAAGGGAUGGACGGGUCCCAAGGAAGUAGAGGGCAAGAUCAUCGAAGGGUCGUUCCACUCUCAUCAAGUUCCCUUGCCCAAGGCCAACAGCGAUGAAACGCAGCUUAAUGCACUUAAAGACUGGCUUUCGAGCUACAGAAUCAGUGAACUAAUCAAAGACGGAAAGCCCGGCGAGACCAUUCUCGACGUCAUCCCGAGCAAGGAUGAGAAGAAGCUCGGCCAGGUCAAGGCCACCUACGACCCGUACAUUGGCCUAAAGGCGGUGGACUGGAGAGAAUUCACAGUCGAGAAGGGGACCCAGCAGAGCUGCAUGCAGGUGACGGGCACAUUCCUCGACAAGGUGUUCCAGGAGAACCCCAAGACCAUCCGGCUCUUCUCGCCGGACGAGCUGGAGAGCAACAAGCUGAACGCCGUGCUCGACCACACGCAGCGCAACUUCCAGUGGGACAAGUACUCCCGCGCCAACGGCGGGCGGGUGAUCGAGGUGCUCUCCGAGCACAACUGCCAGGGCUUCCUGCAGGGCUACACCCUGACCGGCCGCACCGCGCUCUUCCCCAGCUACGAGUCGUUCCUGGGCAUCGUGCACACCAUGAUGGUGCAGUACUCCAAGUUCGUCAAGAUCGCCCGCCAGGUCAAGUGGCGCGGCGACCUGCCGUCCAUCAACUACAUCGAGACGAGCACCUGGGCGAGACAGGAGCACAACGGCUUCUCGCACCAGAACCCGUCAUUUAUCGGCGCAGUGUUAAACAUCAAGCCCGAAGCCGCCAGGGUCUACCUCCCACCCGAUGCGAACUGCUUCCUCUCGACGAUGCACCACUGCCUGCAGUCGCGCAAUAAGACCAACCUGGUCAUUGGCUCCAAGCAGCCGACCGCCGUGUACCUCUCGGCCGAGGAAGCAGCCGAGCACUGCCGCCUGGGCGCCUCGAUCUGGCACUUCGCCUCCUCCUCGUCGACCAAGGACGCCGAAUCCACCAACCCGGACGUGGUCCUCACGGGGAUCGGCGUCGAGGUCACCUUCGAGGUCGUCAAGGCCGCCGAGCUGCUGCGCGCCGUCUGCUCGGCCCUGCGCGUGCGCGUCGUCAAUGUCACGGACCUGAUGAUCCUCGCGCCGGAGUCGAAGCACCCGCACGCGCUGAGCCGAGAGAAGUUUGUCGAGAUGUUUACGGCUGACAGGCCCGUCUUGUUCAACUACCAUGGCUAUCCGACCGAGCUGCAGGGGCUGCUGUUUGGCCGGCCCGGGUUGGAGCGCAUGCGUGUGGGCGGGUAUAUCGAGGAAGGGAGCACCACGACGCCGUUUGACAUGAUGUUGGUCAAUAAGGUCAGCCGGUUUGAUUUGGCGGACAAGGCUUUGAGAGAGGGCGCGGGAAGGAAUGAGGAGGUAAAGAAAGGACUGGAAGGGUUGCUGAGGGAGGUGGAGAGGCGGAAGCAGGAGGUUAGGACGUUCAUUACCCAGCAUGGCAAGGAUCCUGAUGACCUUUACGAGUUGCCCAAGUUUGACUAA